CUUAACGUUAUAACUGAUUUCUACGAAACCACGCCAGGUAUUGAAAUUCCUCCAUAUCCUAAUGUAGAUCCAUUCAAUUACGAUAUCAUGAAAAAUAGUCUCUUGGAGAGACUUGACUCGUUUACUUCAGCUCCAUUUACAGUUCAAAGAAUAUGUGAACUUCUUACUUUCCCUCGUAAGCAAUAUAACAGAAUCGAUAAGUUUAUGAGAGCCAUUGAAAAAAAUAUUUUAGUCGUAAGCACAAGAGAGCCAGGUCAUCAGCGUCAGCCAGAACCAGAAAAUGGCGAACGUAUUGUUAAUGGAUCAGAUAACAAUUCAGAAUACAAUGUUGAUGUUGAAAUGGAAGAUAUGUCAUGGAAAGAUAGUUCUGCUUCAAAACAGAGCUCAGAACCUCAGCCUGGAUCAUCUGAUGCCCAUAUUUCAGUAGAUGAUAUAGAAGCACGAUUACAAGCUAAGCAAGAAACUUCUAUGGACACACAAGAAAAAGUUAUUACUCAAUAUGAAUCUCUUACUCCUCCUGAAUUAAAUGUUACUGAAAAUACUGUUGAAAGUGUACAAUCUCCUACUGAACCUGUCCAAGAAAUAGCAUCAACUAGUGAUGAUGCUAAAAAUAACAAUAGUUCUUCUGAACCACCUGAAUCAAAAGAGGAUAUUGAAAUGAAGGGUGACACGCCAAAUCAAAGUAUUGUCAUUCCUGAAAUUAAAGUUGAAGAUGUAGAAAUGACAGAACAAAAAGUUAUUGAACAAACAAACAUAUCAAAGAAUGCUGAAAAGCAAGAAAAUAUUCAAAAGAAGAGUGAACAAGCCCCACCUGAAACAACCCAAAUAACAGUAGAAGGAAACAGCUCCCACUCUGAUAAAUCAGAAGAACUUAAGCAGACACCGGAACUAUCUUCAAGCGAAGAGAGUUCCUCAUCAAGUGACAAUACAGAUGGCAAUAGUAAUUCCCCAAAAACUGAUGAACAUAUUGAUGUGCAAGAAGAAUCACAGUCAAAUGAAAAAAUUGAAAGUCCAGAAAACAUUGAUACAAAAAAAAUUGAAUCUGAAAAUACUGAAACACCAAUAGAAAAUGACGUACCCUUAAGUAAGAUUGAAUCGGAAAACUAUUCCAUUUCUGAUGUCCAAUCUGAAUUACCAAAAAUAACUGUGGAUGUUGAUAGUAAAUCUGAAGAGCCAGAAAAUACUACUGAUACGAAUACUAGUACUACUACUACUACUACUGAUACAAAUACUACUACUAUUACUACUGAUACAAAUACUACUACUAUUACUAGUACUAAUACUAAUACUACCACUACCACUACUACUCCUACUACUACUAUUAGCAUUACUAAUUCUGCUUCUAAUAUCUCUGCUGUUGAAAUUGAAAAAGAAGUGUGUAAAACUGAAACAUCCCCUGAUACUGAGAGUUAAUUAUGUAAUAAAAAAAUAUUCUGUGAUCUUUGAUUACUGUAAUUCUUUGAUAAUUAUGACGGAUUUAGUUUAAUUGGAUGUGUUUAAUGAUUCAGUUUUUUAUGUGAGUUGUGUAAUUUGUCAACAAUUUAAUAAUUAGUAGACCAGGACUAAA